AAAUCCGGCCCACGCAAAGCAAAAGAAAACCCAAGGCAGUUUGCUCCGGUUUCGCGCCUCUUGUCCGGAAUAGUACGGUAUUCCUUGCGUUUGAGCGCUACUUGCAGCCAGUUCUCCCCAUCCUCCCGUCCUCUUAUCACCUCGUCCUUCCACUUCGCGCCUACGCAUCGCCUCUACCGUCUCGCAUCUUCCCGUCAACCGUUGUAUCUCUGUUCUUCGAGAAAGUCGUUCCAUAUAGAGCGCGAUAAUGGCUUCCGCGACCGCAUCCAGCCUUCCGGCUGCCAAGGCCCCCGUCUUUAGAAGGACGACAACCUCACACACCAUCGAUUCAGUAUCUUCGCCUUCGACCGGCAACGUCUCGCCCACGGAUGAGGGGUCACCGUUCGGAUCCCCCCGCGCUUCGGCCUCGUCGACGUCUCUGUCUUCAAUGGGCUCGGACGAUAAGGAGACGAGCACCAAGGACUCGUAUGGCAAGCUGAUUGACACAUAUGGAAACGAGUUCCAGGUUCCCGACUUCACUAUCAAGGACAUCCGAGAUGCCAUUCCCAAGCACUGCUUCGAGCGAUCGACGCUGCGAAGCCUGUCGUACGUUCUCCGUGACAUAGUCUACCUCGCCACGACCUUUUAUCUUUUCCACAACUUCAACACGCCCGAGUACGUCCCGGUCAAGGCCGCGCGUGUCGUGCUGUGGGGAAUCUAUUCGUUCAUGCAGGGGCUCUUCGCCACUGGCCUCUGGGUGCUCGCCCACGAGUGCGGCCACGGUGCCUUCUCGGCAUCCAAGACAGUCAACAACUGGGUUGGCUGGAUCCUACACUCGUCCCUGCUCGUCCCCUACUUCAGCUGGCAGAUGAGCCAUAGCAAGCACCACAAGGCCACCGGAAACAUGGAGCGCGACAUGGUCUUUGUGCCGCGAACCCGCGAGCAGUUUGCCAACCGCAUCGGCCGCUUCAUCCACGAGCUCGAUGAGCUGACCGAGGAGACCCCCAUCGCUACUCUGAUCCACUUGAUCGGACAGCAGGUUAUCGGCUGGCCCAACUACCUCUUGACGAACGUGACGGGACACAACUUCCACGAGAAGCAGAGAGAGGGGCGCGGCAAGGGAAAGUACAACGGCUUCGGCGGCGGUGUGAAUCACUUUGAUCCCAGAAGCCCCAUUUAUGACCACAAUGAGGCUUUCCGUGUCGUGCUGAGCGACGUUGGUUUGGCACUUGCCAUCACCGCACUGGUGUGCCUCGGCCAGAAGUUUGGCUGGAACAAUAUGGCUGUUUGGUACUUUUUGCCGUACCUGUGGGUGAACCACUGGCUUGUCGCCAUUACCUUCCUGCAGCACACCGACCCGUCUCUGCCUCACUAUACUCCUAGCGAGUGGAACUUUGUCCGCGGCUGUGCUGCAACCAUCGAUCGCGAGUUCGGCUUUAUCGGCCGCCACCUGCUCCACGGCAUCAUCGAGACGCACGUACUGCACCACUAUGUCAGCACCAUCCCCUUCUAUAAUGCCGACGAGGCGACCGAGGCCAUCAAGCCCAUCAUGGGCAGACACUACCGCUCCGAUACCAGCGAUGGCCCCAUUGGCUUCAUCAAGGCCAUGUGGAAGAGCGCCAGGUGGUGCCAGUGGGUCGAGCCCACUGAGGGUGCUGAGGGCCCUAGUCAGGGUGUCUUGUUCUUCCGCAACAAGAACGGCUUGGGUACCAAGCCCGCGACGGUCAAGCCUGCUCAGUGAAGCGUGAUCGUUGGCGAAGACGUAUACAUCAAGGCGCGCGAUCCACGACCCUGAUCAUACCACAAGGGCACGAAUAAUUGAGGCGUCAGCUUAUUCUUCACUCUUUCCCCCCUCCACCGA